UAAACACUAGCAGUAACAGUUCCAAAUUCCAAAGUACGUAUUUCUUAUCGCCCCUCAAGGUCCCUUUAAAGACGAUCGGUUUUUCUCCGUCUAAAAACACCAAAGUAUUUUCUAGUCCCUCAACCAACCAUGUUUCAAGUUGGGAAUUUCGACCUCUAUGAGGUCCUGGCCUAUUUAUUCAUGUGGGUGACUCUCUACUUCCUUCUCUGCCUGCUGAACCCGGGGCGCAGCUACGAGUGGCACUGCCGAUCGGUGACUGUGCUCCAUGCAGCCAUCAUCAGCGCCCUCGCUGCCUACGGGGCCCUCAUAAUGGGCCCGAAUCCGUUCACUGAAGCAGGUGGACCGAACAACUCUUUCCAGGUGCGCACGGUCAGCAUUUGCUUGGGUUACUUCCUCUUUGACUUUUCCUGGUGCCUCUACUUCAAAACAGAAGGGCCUGUCAUGCUGGCUCAUCACUUCCUCAGCGUUGUGGGCCUGACAGUGUGUCUAGUCGCAGGUCGCUACGGUACCGAAAUGAUUGCCACCAUAGCUGGAGCAGAAAUCACCAAUCCACUGCUACAGCUACGCUGGUUCCUACGAGCCACCGGGCGACAUCACUCCUUGAUGGCCGAUGUGGUGGACUGGGCGUUCAUGCUGUCCUUCGGGUUUGUCAGGCUGGGCUUGGGCAGUGUCCUUCUCUACAUGUAUUAUCAGCAGAACUCAGACUAUAUAGGUCGCUUCGGAGGGACCAGUAUAUACCUCCUCAGCGUCGUGUUUUUCAUCAGCAUUGUCAACUACGCGGUGCGCAAAUACACCAAGAGGUACCGAGCGUGGGUCAAGCGACGGGCAGCGCCGCCACCAGGGGAAGCCACUCCUACGACCCGGCAGAACGGGGACUUGAAGGAGGACGUUUCUUCUGUGGGCAUUAUCAAAGAGCAGGAGAUUCCGAGCCCGCGGGAGAUAAAGACGGGGCUGAAGGAGCUGAGUCUGCGGAAAAACUGCAUGGUUCAGAAAGUGAAUGUGUCGUGAGACAGCGGGGAAUCAAAGAAUUGUUCUUUCUCGAUGCGGGUAUUAUGGACAAUGACAGCGUUGACAUUCAGCACUCUUAGAACGGCAGGAUUCUGACUCCCACUUUUUUUUUUUUUCGGGAACAGAGCUACACGCUAUAUUUUACCCGAACAGAUGUCCUGCACUUUGUGUCAAGGGCUAUGUCCUACACCUUGUGUCAAGGGCUAUGUCCUGCACCUUGUGUCAAGGGCUAUGUCCUGCACCUUGUGUCAAGGGCUAUGUCCUGCACCUUGUG